UCGUAGCAGCGAUAGCGAAGAGAAAGUAAAUCAAAACAAUACAAGUAUUUUUAAAAAGGACAGUUAUUCCUACAUCAUCCACCGUAGAAGUGAUUACAGUGUUUGUGAUAAUAACCUUUCUAUAUUAAUGUUAGGUAGCUUUUUAGCCCUUAUGUUGUAUGGAUGAUAUGCUUAAAAUUAUUUAAGCUUCUUCAAUUGUAUCAUAACAUAGAGUCUACGUUAUGAAGCUGAAAGACAUCUGCUGUGCCUGUUUAAGUAUAGAAAGGAGGUUAACGCCGCUGAAUUGCAUUGAUGAUGGCGCAAAUAAACUGUUUUGUUUACUUUCAAACGACUCCGACGCCUACCAGGCGAUGUUUAACAAGGAGUCAACGCACCAGUACAUUUGCUGGGAGUGCGGCGCUUUGCUCAGGCGGCUGUACAGCUUCCGCCAACAGGUGUUGGUUGCGCAGACGCAGCUGGUGGAUAUACUCGACGACACACACGAUAUAGACUCAAAUAAGGAAUGCUUAUCAAAACUGUCGUACAACUAUAAGAGAUCAUUAGAUAAGGAAUUAGUUUAUAAUGAAGUUAACAAAGAAAGCGACGAUGAAGAUGAUAUGAAAAACGAUGAAAUACCUGAAGUAGAUGUGAAAACCGAAGGCGAUGCGUUUUCAGACUUACCCUGUGCAGAGAAUGAAAAUAUUAUCAAAGAGGAAAGCAAAAAUAAUGAAAACGACAUGAAACAAGAAUUCAAGAUCAAAGAUGGCGGAGAAAAUGGUUGUUACACAGUAGCGAUCGCGAAAGAUGAGACAACAGAAUGCAUACCUAGGAGAAGGAUGUUAAAGAGAAACGUUAAUGUGACAGCUAAACGGAAAACUUCAGCAAAAGCUACUAAAAAUAAUUUAAAAAGAGUCAAACAAUUAGAGGAAAAUAAUAAAGUAACCAAACAGGUCACAAAAUCACCAGCUGCCCCGAAACCAAGAUGUCCGCGAAAAGUCCAAAGCAGACAGAAAGCAGAGCCAACCUAUCCAUGCACAGAGUGUGGCCAGAUUUUCGCUACUUACACCAGGCGGUAUGAACACGUCAUGAAACAUCACAAGGAGGGAUACCAGUGCUCGACUUGCGGGAAGAAGUUCCACAUAAAGAAGUCAUUUCUGAGGCACGAACGUGUACACAUCGCAAAAACUCUACCCCGCGAGAAGUGUGCGGUGUGCGACGCGAUGGUGCGCUGCGACCUGGUCCAAGACCACGCGCUCAGGCACGCGAGCAAAGACAGGGGCACGUACGAGUGCGUCCCGUGCGAGAAGAAGUUUGCCAACAAAAAUUCGUACCGGAAACACAUGACCGAGGCAAAGGCCCAUCUCGCACCGGACACAGAGAAAAAGUACGAGUGCGAGACGUGUCACAAAUCGUUUCCGACACUUAUGCUGUACAACUGUCACAUGAGAUAUACGAAGAGGCACGCCGUGCGAGCAGCAGUCUACCGAUACAAGUGCUCUAUGUGCGACAAGAGUUAUAGGAAUCCCGCGGCGUUGCGCGACCACGUCAACUACGUUCACAUGGGCAAGACGCAACACAAAUGCACUGAGUGCGAUAAGGCCCUAGCGAGUCCGCAAUGCGUCGCACGCCACAUGAAGCUAUUCCACGGCGGGUACAAAUAUCCAAAGAACAAACUUUGCGAUACGUGCGGAAAGGCCUUCUCGUCAAAGAAAGAACUACGGGAGCACGAGUCAGUUCACACUGGCGAACGUCCGUUGAAGUGCGACGUGUGUGGAGACACCUUUAGGCAGAGCGGCGCUUUGUACACACACAAGCGUAGAGUCCAUAAAGUUCCGGUGAAGCCUUCUGUUGAACUGGUGACCGAACCGGACGAGACCGUUGAACGACUGAUAAAGAACUGUGAACUGAACGAAGCUGAUCUUGUUAUUAAUAGGGUAAUAAAGGAUAUAAAAGAUUGAA